GUAGGGGAUACAGGUGAUUUUCUAUUGGCGGUAAGAACCAGCGUUACGCCUGCGGACGAGAUGGCGGGCCCUGGGGAUGGCCGCGACUAUGGCGGCAGCAACCGCAGCCAUGGCGGUGGUGGACGUGACUAUGGCGGACACCGUGAGUACAGUAGAGGUCACCGUGGAUACGACAGUGAUCGUGGAGAUGGAAGCAAUUGGAGUUACGAGGGUGACCGGAGGAGUGGUGAUCGGAGUUUUGAUAGAGUGGGAGUAGGGGAAUUGCGUGAGGAUGUUCGGGAGGACGUCCGGCAGGAGAUCCGGGAAGCAAUCAACGAGUUGGUGGUACCGGUGGCUCGCGGGAAACAGAAGAAGACCGAUCCGAUUACGUCGGCUGAGGAAAGUGAUGCUAGUAGUAGUGAGACUGAGGAACUGAACCUCCAGACGCGCCGCCUGUGCAUUUCUGAGAAGUGCAAACACGGACCGGAAGCGGCGAUUGAAGGCAGUCCGCCGAUGGAGCUGCCUCCCAAGCGUACAGCGGUACGUGCGACACAUGCUACGGGCGGACCUGGAAGGCUGACAAGAUCGAGGGCCCGUACGCAGAAGGCCGCUACACCGAAGAAGACACCACCGUUAAUUCGCAAGAAGACACCUGCGACUAUUGGGAUCGUUGGGAAGCUGCAUUUUGAGAAGCAGGUUCUUAACGAUCUCAAGAAUCUGGAUGCGCUGGUCUUGCAGAACAUCUGCAAAGAUGAAGGAAUUCCUUAUAAUGGAAAAUUCGAGGUAAUCCUUGCCAUUGCUGCGCAUCGCACUCAUGUUGCCUACAAUUCGGAUAAUGACGAGGAGGUGUUAGCACCACCAGUGGUAAGUAUGGAAGCUGUGACUGAGAAGGAGCGGGAGGAGGAAGAGGGGUGAUGUGCCCUCAGUAUUGCCGACUUGUGGUAUGUAGUCCGAUGCUUGAUUAAGUUA